CGAAACCCAAUCGUUCCUUCCUUCCUUCCAUAUCUUCCAGCUCUUCCCCUCCUCUCUCAUUCUUCCUCUUCUUGUUGACGACUGACAAAUCACACUUAUCACCCGCGGGCGAUGAAUUGUCCUCGAAUGGCAGCUUCGGUAACGAUGGCGGGGUUGCUUACGGGACUCCUCCUUGUCCAUGCAUGCUGCGCCGACCCCAUCAGCCGCUCCAGUUUCCCCAAAGGUUUCGUCUUUGGCACUGCCUCCGCUGCUUUCCAGUAUGAAGGAGCUGUAAAAGAGGACGGAAGGGGACCAUCGGUUUGGGAUACGUUCUCGCAUCAAUUUGGUAAAAUAAUUGAUGGUAGCAACGCGGAUAUCGCCGUGGAUCAAUACCACCGAUUCAAUGAAGAUAUUCAGCUCAUGAAGGACAUGGGGAUGGACGCCUACAGGUUCUCCAUCGCUUGGUCUCGCAUCUUUCCUAAUGGAAGUGGCGUGAUCAAUCAGGCAGGAGUUGACCACUAUAAUAAGCUCAUUGACGCGUUGUUGGCUAACGGGAUCGAACCGUACGUGACUCUGUUUCACUGGGAUCUCCCGCAAGCCCUGGAAGACGAGUACAACGGAUGGCUCGACCGACGGAUCAUAAAGGAUUUUGCAACAUAUGCCGAGACCUGCUUUCAGAAAUUCGGGGACAGAGUGAAGCACUGGAUCACCUUCAACGAGCCGCACACUGUGGCAAUACAAGGAUACGAUGUCGGGCUCCAAGCACCAGGCCGUUGCUCCAUCCUUCUUCACCUCUUCUGCAGGGCUGGGAACUCCGCAACCGAGCCUUACAUUGUUGCGCACAACAUUCUGCUCUCACAUGCCACUGCCGCUGAUGUGUAUAGAAAGAAGUACCAGCAAAAGCAGCAAGGAUCAAUUGGUUUAUCCUUUGAUGUGAUGUGGUUUGUACCGAGAACAAAUUCAACCGAUGACAUCGAAGCAACUCAGAGAGCCCAAGAUUUUCAGUUAGGCUGGUUUAUCGACCCUUUGAUGUUUGGAGAUUAUCCGAGCUCCAUGAGAAGUAGGGUGGGAAGCCGCUUACCUGCAUUUUCCAGUUCCGAAUCUGCUCUUCUAAAGGGGUCUUUGGAUUUUGUUGGUAUCAAUCACUAUACUACAUACUACGGCAGCAAUGAUACGUCGAAUACAAUCGGACAUCUACUUAAUGACUCCCUCUCGGACUCCGGGGCCAUCACUCUGCGUAAGCAUUCUUUCUUAGUGUAUCUGGAAGUUCUGGUUGUUUGGGGCGUUUGGUGUACUAAGUUAUGUUUGCUGCUGUUUUCAGCUUUUAAAGAUGGGAUUUUCAAUCCAAUUGGAGACAGGGCAAAUUCCAUAUGGUUGUACAUAGUACCUCAGGGGAUGAGAAGUUUAAUGAACUACAUCAAGACAAAGUAUGGGAACCCACUGGUUAUUAUUACCGAAAAUGGAAUGGAUGACCCGAACCCCCCACUAAUCAACAUCAAAGAUGCUCUCAAGGAUCAGAAGAGGAUCAAGUAUCACAAUGACUAUCUCACAAACUUGUUGGCCUCCAUCAAAGAAGACGGGUGCAACGUGAAAGGGUACUUCGCGUGGUCUCUGUUGGAUAACUGGGAGUGGACGGCAGGAUACACUUCGAGGUUCGGCCUUUACUUUGUGGAUUACAAUGACAAUCUGAAGAGAUACCCCAAAGACUCUGUUCAGUGGUUCAAGAACUUCUUGAAGUCUGCCUAAACAAAUCAAUGAAGAUGAAGAAAAAGCUGCAUUUGUUUUCUUCUUUCUCUGUGGAGACACAUGAUUUCAUUACACCACAUUCUUGUAUCUCAAUAAAUUCUACACUUGUUUGUGUUUGAAAAGCAAAAAGAAGAAAUUGUAGUUCGUGUUCCAUAUGUAGAAUAUGAAAGCUUCUGGAUUUCCUUGCAUAAUGCCGUUCACUUAUUACUCUUUCAAUAGAUCGAAUUAAAAAGGAUUGCUUUAUUAUUCUA